AUGGGAAACAAGAUCAGCAGAAGACGGGACACUGCACCAGCCGAGCAGAAGGCUGCAGAGGAGUCAAUCGACACUCAGGAAGCUGUGGUGGAGGCAGUAGCUGAUGCGCCAGUGGUGGUUGCAGAGGCGACUGAACCAGUAGUAGAAUCGGUGCCAGCACCGGUACAGGAGGCUGAGCCAGAGCCCCCCAAGCAUGCCAGUCGUCCCGGAGCCAAAGCCAGUCGUCCCGGAGCCAAAGCCAGUCGUCCCGGAGCCAAAGCCAGUCGUCCCGGAGCCAAAGCCAGUCGUCCCGGAGCCAAAGCCAGUCGUCCCGGAGCCAAAGCCAGUCGUCCCGGAGCCAAAGCCAGUCGUCCCGGAGCCAAAGCCAGUCCCCCGGAGCCAAAGCCAGUCGUCCCGGAGCCAAAGCCAGUCGUCCCGGAGCCAAAGCCAGUCGUCCCGGAGCCAAAGCCAGUCGUCCCGGAGCCAAAGCCAGUCGUCCCGGAGCCAAAGCCAGUCGUCCCGGAGCCAAAGCCAGUCGUCCCGGAGCCAAAGCCAGUCGUCCCGGAGCCAAAGCCAGUCGUCCCGGAGCCAAAGCCAGUCGUCCCGGAGCCAAAGCCAGUCGUCCCGGAGCCAAAGCCAGUCGUCCCGGAGCCAAAGCCAGUCGUCCCGGAGCCAAAGCCAGUCGUCAUAGAACAGGAGGCUGUCCCAGAGCCAAACCUCUCCCAGGAGUUCCUCCUACAGCCAGUCAUUCCAGAGCCCUUCCUCUCCCCCGCCCCUCUUCUGGGUGUCCCUGAGCUGACCCCUGAGCCCCUCGAUGCUCCCCCCUCCCACAGAUCUGCCCCAGACCAGCCCACAGACCUGGGGGGUGCAGGAUCCUAUGACGACAAUGUAAAGGGUGCCUGGAAUUCUGUCUCCAUCCCAGAGUCCAAAGAAACCCCGGAGAAGCCAGCAACCAUGGCGGAGAAGCUUCUGUGUGAUGUCAUGGGCAGCGAGCUGAGCAAAGCGGAUUCUUCAACCACUUAGACCUGACGGCCGACGACAUCAUGGUCAAUGAUGUCAUAGCAGACGACAUUCCGGAAGGUGACGUGUCCACUGAGCUGAUAUGGGAGGAGAAAAUAAAAAUAAAAACUAGAAGAAAAAAAAAUGGACAAUGAUGUUCUAAAAGAGGCAGACGCAGCAGAAAAAAAAUGUACAAAAAAAGAAUACAACUUUGAUCUGAGAAGGUUAAAGGGAAAACUAAGACCGUGAAGUAGCAUUCAGAUAAUCUGAGACCUGGGAUGUAUUCCCUAGGAACCAAACAGAACCAAGCGUAUGCAAAUGGAAUUAAACUGGGUGGGACCUACCUGAAUUUGUCCAAUAGAAAUUCUAGUUUCUGUUGCGAAACAUUUUGGAAUAAUGAUUAGACCCCAGGUAAUAGACGUGCCUUUCUUUCUGAGUGUAGGUUUACUAAAGGGAUUUGGUGAUGGGUGGCCAGGGCAGAAGUGUACCCAUCAUCGCCCUCUGAGCUAUAUAGACAUAACACUGCAUAGCAGAACACUUACAGUAACUAUAUAUGGUAACUAUGUAUGACAAGACGUUUGCCUUGGUGUGUACACCUGAUGAAUUGUAACAACAUUUGAAAUCGGCCUACAUUCUAUGAUGUACAUUCAUGCUUGGACUCUCGCAAUCCUUCCUCUUUAACUCUGAAAUGGAGGUGACCUUGUUAUAUUUUCUUGAUGGUGAGAAGUGGUUUGGAGGAAUGUAUUAAAGGUGAUGGUCUGGUUGUGAAAAUAAAAUAAGAUUGUUCCACCUUGAA